AUGUCCCAAGAUCCCGGAACCUCUCAGACUGCCCAAGAGUUCAUUGCAAGCCAGCUUCAGCUCGAACAAGAAGCUCGCGAGGCACUUCCGUAUCAAUUCGACACCUGUACAAAACCUCUCGGUCCACUGAGACAGGCUAUCUUUGCUUGUCUGACAUGUAACCCUCCCUCCUCGUCCGACGACAAAUCGCGCACCUCAGCCGCCGUGUGCUACUCAUGCAGCAUCUCCUGUCAUGGCGAACAUGAACUCGUCGAGCUCUUCACCAAACGCAACUUUGUAUGCGACUGCGGUACUACCAGAGUACCGUCGGCGGCCCCAUGCACACUCCGAAUCGACGAGUCCACCAGCCAGAAGGGCAAUGUGACUGGCGAAACUCCUGCUGAGAACAACAAGUACAACCACAACUUUGCUGGCCGCUUCUGUGGAUGUGGAGAACCAUACGAUCCCGAGAAAGAGAAGGGCACCAUGUUCCAGUGCUUAGGUCUGGGUACGGUUGAAGAUGGUGGCUGCGGGGAGGACUGGUGGCAUCCCGAAUGUCUCAUGGGCUUACCGAGAGUUCAGCCAUCCGAGACUGCUCCCAAGGAAGAGAAGGAUGAAUCGAAGCAGCCUACCCAAGACCCAGAAACUACUGCACAGCCUGUUGAGGAGCAAGAAGAUGUUGACGAGGCACCUCUACCGACUGGCUUCCCUGCUGAAGAUGACUUUGAUCAUUUGAUCUGCUAUAAAUGUGUCAGCUCGUUUCCAUGGAUUAAACAAUACGCUGGCCAAGAAGGCUUCNNCCUUGGCCCUGUCUACCACAAAGAAUCCACAGAGGGAACAAGUGAGAACACGACAGCCGAGGAAACAUCAGAGGAUACAGCUCUGCCACUGCCCACCGAAGGCAAGAAGAGAAGUGCAGAAGAUGAUCUGGAAGAAACCACGUCUAAGAAGACCAAGGUAGAAUCUGAGGAUGGUGUUCAGGAGAAUGUCACAUCUGAUACUACCAACACAACUGCAGAGGACGUUCCUCUACACACCAAAUUGCCCUCGGCUCCAUCUGGAACCUUCUCCCUCUUCUUGAAGNNGGAAGACUUCCGCUCACACAUCUGCCGCUGUCCCUCCUGCUUCCCUAACCUGAAGCCCCAUCCCCAACUUCUCGAAGAGGAAGAGGCCUACGAACCUCCUGUUUCGGAAAGCGACAAUCAAGAAGCACAGAACGGACGUGGCGGCAGUGUGGGCUCAGGAAGCACAUAUGAACGUGGCGAGGCUCUGCUCAGCAACAUGGACCGCGUGAAGGCCAUCGAGGGUGUCAUGGUCUACAACCAUCUACGUGACAAGGUCAAGGCUUUCUUGCAGCCGUUCGCUGAGAGUGGUCAGGCCGUGGGGGCAGAAGAUAUCAAGGCUUAUUUCGAAAAGUUGAGGGGUGAUGAGGAAGGUAUCAGACUUGCAGGUGCUGGCGCUGGUGCUGCAGAUGAAAGUGCAGAGGGUGAUAGUAGACGUGAGCAGGGAGGUCACUAA